AUGGCUUUGCUCAGCAUCUUCAACAAGCUCGAUGUCACGGCACUUCUGCAAUGGAAGCUCCUCGUCUUGGCGGCGAUCCCGCUUGCCGUGGUCUUCUAUCUGAGGAGGUCAAAGCCGGACGAGCUUGACAUCAAACUCUUUUCGCAUUUCCCGCAACCUGAGGAGGCCGACCCAAAGAGAGGUCAUUGGCCGUGGAUUGAGAAGGCAGCUGCGCUUGGUGACCCUCGAAGGUCUUUCGAUGAACUCCUUUACGAACAAUGGCAGAAGCUCGGAAACCCUCCCGUCCUCCUGGUGGACUGGCGCCCGCUGGAGUCUUUCAUGAUUCUUUUUGUGCUUGACAAUGAGGUCGCGGAGCAAAUCACCAGGCCCACGAAGCAGUACAGCACCAGUGUCCCCAAGCAUCCUGCCAUGCAGGACCUCGCUCCCUUGGUCGGCGCGCGAUCUCUUGUCACGACUGACGGCGACGAAUGGAAGGGCCUGCGAAAGAGAAUCUUGCCCGGUAUGGCACCGCAGCAUCUGCUCAGUCUCGUCAAGGUUAUCCUGAACAAGACGGAGCUCUUCAUCAACCUGAUGGAGGAGAAGGCAUCUACCGGCGAAGCGUUCAACAUUGAUGAGUACACUACCAACCUGGCUUUCGACGUCAUCGGAAUCGUCACCUUCGACAUGGACCUCAACGCCCAGAUUGAGGGCAAGCAGAGCAAGGUCUUGACUACGUAUCGCGCUCUUUCUCAUGCCUACAUCAAGCGUGAAGUUGGAAAGCACUGGCUUCGUAGAUACUUCUCUGAGAACGAGCGCAAGAUUCGCCGCCUCGACAAGGAACUCGACAGUAUCCUCAAGGAAGAGAUCGUCAGACAGCACAAGGCGUUCAGGGCCGGCGACGUCAUGGCUUCCCGUAGCGUGGCUGCCCUGAGUCUCCACGACGUUGAGAAGCUGACCCCUGAGAUCCUGCAACAAACUAGCGACACCUGCCGAGGUUUCCUCUUCGCCGGUCACGACACGACGAGUAUUCUCUUGCAAUGGUGCUUCUACGAACUUCACCGACGUCCCGAAUCUGCCAAGGCUCUCAAGGAGGAACUCGAUGAGGUCUUUGGCGACGAUCCCAGCCCUAAGUCUGUUAUUGAGCAGCUCUCUGGCCCUGGUGCCGGAAAGCUCCUGUCCCGUCUGCCCUACGUCGACGCCAUCAUCAAGGAGGCUCUCCGUCUUCACCCGCCUGGAACUACUGCUCGCGUCGCUCCCAAGGGCGCCAACUACACCAUCACUCUCCCUAACGGACAGCCCCUGGUCGUCGAUGGCUUGUGCCUGAGUCCCCGAGCCUACAUCAUUCAGCGUGACCCUAAGAUCUUCGGCGAAACCAAGGACGAGUUUAGGCCCGAGCGUUGGAUCGGACCCGAGGCCGCCAACAUCCCGGACAGUGCUUUCAGACCGUACGAGAGAGGCCCCAGACGUUGCACCGGAUCGGAACUCGCGAACCUGGAAUCCAAGGUUGUCUUGGCCAUUAUCGCCAGACACUUCGAAUUCGUCAAGGUUGGCCUCGGUGAGCUGGAUCUUAAGGACGGAAAGCCCGAGCUUGACGAGAGGGGUUACUACAAGACUAAGGGCACUCUCUUCUCCACUGACCUGGUUACUUCCAAGCCUGUUGAUGGCAUGCACUUGAGGGUCGAACUCAAGAACAAGCCGAAGGCUUGA